AUGGGGUGUGGGUCAUCAAACGAACCUAAAAAGCAGCCGGAAGGCUUAGUCGUAACCAGCGACAACAAAAAAGCUCUAAAUCUCGAUGCCAAAGUAGUUCUAUUAGGAGAUUCUGGUGUUGGGAAAAGCUCAAUCGCAAUGAGAUACGUAAAUAACACAUUUUCCGAAGCAUUUGAAGUUAUAGGAGUUUUCCCUAUAUGGCCCGAUAAGGGCCGUGGGUUCUCCGUGGAAUCCCUCUGCUGGUUGAGCCAACCAGUGAAUUGGUCAAACCAACGCACUGAGUUGGUUUGACCAACAGAGGGAUCCCACAGCCCUUAUCGGGCCAUAUAGGGAAAACUCCUAUACUAUUGGAGGAGGAUAUCUUCAGCAAAUAGUCAGGCUUAAAGACGGCUCCAGUUUAAAACUCGAUAUUUGGGACACAGGCGGCCAAGAACGAUUUAGAGCUCUCCUGCAGCUUUACUACCGAGAUGCAAAUGCUGCUCUUAUCACAUACGAUGUUACCAACGAGCGUUCCCUUGAAAGCUGUGAAUACUGGGUCAACGAAUUAAAAAACACUGAAGAAAACUGCAUUUUAUGCCUUGUAGGAAAUAAAUUAGACAUCCCAGCCCCUGAACGAAAAGUUGACGCGAAAAAGGCUGAAGCUUUCGCAAUAAAGCAUGGGAUGGUCUGGUUUGAGACUUCAGCUAAGACUGGAGAAAAUAUCAACAAACUGUUUGAAAGAGUAGCACAAGAAAUAGUGAAAAGAAAAACUGAAGGAUAA